AUGUGGGCAAUUCCUGCCUUGUUACGCGACGACCCCCGCGUUCCUCUUGCUCUCCUAGUGUUCGGUCUGGAGACGAGUUUGACGACGUUGGUCUGUUUGGCAGAGAUGCUGAGUUGGGAAGAGUUGACGUCCGUACAGAGGGGUCUGCAGGGGCUGGGUGGUAUGUACGGGGGUUACCUGGCUGCUGGUAUCUUUAUGACGCUAGACUGUUAUGCAAGGUUGGAUCAGAUGAUUGCGAAACAGCAUCGAGGGCUGGAGCCGGUGACCAAGAAGAAGUUGUGA